GAAGGCUCGGGAAAGCAAAGGCGCGACAUCGCCUUGCGCCCAGGUGCCCUGGCCCCGGAAACUACCUGAGCUGGAGGGCACGAGAAAGAGAGGAUUCCCUUGUGCGCAGGCGCGGCCAAGGCGGGGCGGGGUCGCGCACGCGCGGAGGCCCCGGCCCAGGGCUGGGCUUGGUUGUCAUGAGAGCGGUGGCUGCGGCCGGGGCGAUGGACAGAAGCGGCCGGGGCUGCUCCUCCCCUACCACCGCCGCGGCAGAUUGGGGUGCAAGCCAGCCUGGGGCGGCGGAGGGGGCGCCGCCUGAGUUCCACCGGAGAGAGCGGCGGAUGCCGAGGUGGUCCGCGAGGACCGGGACCCGCCCGCCUUUGGGGCUCGGGCGCUGAGGCACGGCCUGGCCGCCUCCCCGGGCCGCUCCGCAGGUCCGACGCGGCCGCCCUCUCAGUCGGGGCCGCGGCAGCGCCUGUUGGGGCCGUCCACUCUGAGCAGCCGAGGCGUGCAGAAUGCCCCACAAGAUUGGAUUUGUAGUCGUCAGCUCAUCUGGACACGAAGACGGCUUCAGUGCCCGGGAGCUCAUGAUCCACGCACCAACCGUCAGCGGGUGGCGGUCACCGAGAUUUUGCCAAUUUCCACAAGAAAUUGUCCUUCAAAUGGUGGAGAGAUGUCGAAUAAGGAAACUACAGUUACUCGCUCACCAGUAUAUGAUUUCGAGUAAAAUUGAGUUCUACAUUAGCGAAAGCUUGCCUGAGUAUUUUGCACCAUAUCAAGCAGAGCGGUUUCGAAGACUUGGCUACAUCUCUCUCUGUGAUAAUGAAAAGACAGGGUGCAAAGCCCGGGAACUGAAAUCAGUUUAUGUCGAUGCAGUAGGACAAUUUCUUAAACUGAUUUUCCACCAAAACCAUGUCAACAAGUACAACAUAUAUAAUCAGGUUGCUUUGGUUGCCAUAAACAUCAUUGGAGACCCUGCAGAUUUCAGCGAUGAAAGCAAUUCUGCCUCUAGAGAGAAGUUGAUUGAUCACUAUCUUGGGCACAGCAGCGAGGACCCUGCUCUAGAAGGAAGUUACGCCAGGAAAUCUGACUAUAUUUCUCCACUAGAUGACUUAGCUUUUGAUAUGUACCAAGAUCCAGAAGUUGCACAGAUUAUACGAAAACUAGAUGAAAGAAAACGGGAAGCUGUCCAAAAGGAACGCUAUGAUUAUGCCAAGAAACUAAAGCAAGCUAUUGCUGAUUUGCAAAAGGUUGGUGAGCGUCUUGGGAGGUAUGAGGUAGAGAAACGCUGUGCUGUAGAGAAGGAAGACUACGAUCUCGCCAAGGAGAAGAAACAGCAGAUGGAGCAGUAUCGCGCUGAGGUGUACGAGCAGCUGGAGCUCCAUAGCCUCCUGGAUGCUGAGCUGAUACGAAGACCUUUGGAUUUGCCCCUCCAGCCCCUCACUCAUUCUGGCAGUCCUCGCCACCAAAAGCCAGUGCCCUCACUACCGCAACUGGAAGAAAAAGGAACAGAAAGCCAGUUUGCAGAAACUUUCCUUCAGGAAAAGCCUUCAUCAUAUCCUCUAACUAUUUCUCCUCAGCAUUCUGCAGUAGACCAGUUACUCCCUGCCACAGAUCCUCAUCCAAAAAUGAAUGCAGAGUCCCUGCCCUAUGACGAGCGGCCUCUUCCUGCUAUUCGGAAGCAUCAUGGUGAGGCAGUGGUGGAGCUGGAAAUGAGUGAUGCAAACAUCAGCAGUGCUCGGAGGGGAGGCAUGUCUGGGGAACCAGAGCCCCUAACCGAGAAGGCCCUGAGAGAAGCCAGCUCUGCCAUUGAUGUGCUGGGAGAGACCUUGGUUGCUGGAGCGUAUUCCAAGACGUGGUCCUACCGAGAGGAUGCACUGCUUGCUUUGUAUAAGAAGUUGAUGGAAAUACCUGUUGGAACCCCAAAAGAAGAUUUGAAGAACACACUGAGAGCAUCCAUCUUUCUUGUUCGAAGAGCCAUAAAGGACAUUGUGACCUCCGUCUUUCAGGCUUCUCUGAAAUUGUUGAAAAUGAUCAUUACACAAUAUAUUCCUAAACAUAAACUGAUUAAACUCGAAACGGCUCACUGUGUGGAAAGGACUGUCCCUGUUUUGCUCACCAGAACUGGAGACUCUUCUGCCCGCAUCCGUGUCACAGCUGCGAAUUUUAUUCAGGAAAUGGCCUUGUUUAAAGAAGUUAAGUCUCUCCAAAUUAUUCCAUCCUACCUGGUGCAGCCAUUGAAAGCAAACUCCUCGGUUCAUCUGGCAAUGAGUCAGAUGGACCUCCUGGCCCGGCUGUUGAAAGACCUGGGCACUGGGAACUCAGGCUUCACCACUGACAACGUGAUGAAGUUUUCAGUGAGUGCCCUGGAGCAUAGAGUGUAUGAGGUCCGAGAGACAGCGGUUAGAAUUAUUUUGGACAUGUACAGACAGCACCAGGCUUCUAUCCUGGAGUAUCUUCCUCCAGACGACAACAACACGCGCAAGAACAUCCUCUACAAAACGAUUUUUGAUGGAUUUGCUAAAAUAGAUGGCCGACCUACAGAUGCUGAGAUGAAGGCACAGAGAAAAGCAGCUACAGAAGAAGCAGAAAAGCAAAAGAAAGAAGAAAUAAAAGCUUUACAAGGGCAGCUGGCAGCACUGAAGGAAAUUCAGGCUGAAGUUCAGGAAAAAGAAAGUGAUGCCAUGAAACCAAAGAAUCAGGACACUCAAGGAGGGAAAGCAGCCCAUGCCGAAGCUAUGGGAAUCCCAGAUGAGCACUAUCUAGAUAAUUUGUGUAUUUUUUGUGGGGAAAGGAGCGAAUCCUUCACAGAGGAAGGCCUGGAUCUCCACUAUUGGAAGUACUGUCUCAUGCUGACGAGAUGUGACCACUGCAAACAGGUGGUUGAGAUAUGCAGUCUGACGGAGCACUUGCUGACGGAGUGUGACAAGAAAGACCGGUUUGGAAAGUGUUACCGUUGCAGCGAGGCUGUUUUGAAGGAAGAGCUGCCCAGACACAUCAAGAACAAGGGUUGCAACCCUGCCAAACCAGAGAAGCUGGCAAACCGGUGUCCUCUGUGCCAUGAGAACUUCACCCCUGGAGAAGAGGCAUGGAAAGCUCACCUGAUGGGCCCAGCCGGCUGCACCAUGAACCUGCGCAAGACACACAUUCUGCAGAAGGCCCCAGCACUGCAGCCAGGGAGAAGGUCAGCUGUGGCCGCAUCAGGCCCCUCAGGGUCAAAGGCCGGAAGCAAGAUCCCCACCCCAAAGGGCGGGCUGAGCAAGAGCUCCAGCAGGACGCUUGCCAAGCGCUGACACGGCACUCUGGCUCAUUUGUCUCUGUAAGGGAUGGAGCAUGUCUCCUGAUUCCACACUAUUUCUCCUGAACUCUCUGGCCUUGGCGACCCCAUGCUCUGGCUGCUGUCCCUGGCUCCCAGCUGUGCACGCCUCUUACAUGUCCGCACCGUCAGCUCAUGCACACGAUAUGUAUGGGAGUAACCAAAGACCCUGUGUGCAGUGCCCGGACCCGGGCUCUGUGCGCUGAGCCUUCAGGACUGUCUCAGGCUUUCCUUAGAAUCAGAAGAGGACGCUGCCUGGGAGGUGCUAGCGCAAGGCUUCAGGCAGCACAGGUGAGGCCCCACUUUCCUUAGUACUGGGAGAGAUUUCCAUAAAAUAUGACCAGAACCUGCAGGCAGCACAGGCGAGGCCCCACUUUCCUUAGUACUAGAGAGAUUUCCAUAAAACAUUACCAGAACCUUUUGCACAUUGCUCCCUGUCACAUGCAGUAGAAUAUCCACAGGGCUGAGGCUCGGCCCGCGGUGGUUCCGGGAGAAUGGGCAUGCGCACUGGCCUCCAGCCGUGCCUUCUCCUCCCUGCAGGCCCCAUCUGCUGGCCAUGCCCAGUGCUCUCAGCCCCGGGUAGCAGAACUCACGUUCCCACUAGAGCAAGAAAUAAAGGCAAAAGAGAACAUCUUUUAAAAUUAGUAGUGUUUCUGAGAAUUGUUCCCACCUUGGCAAGCACCUUGCUGGAUGCUUCUCCAGUAGCGCUGUCUCUGUGACAGAUGUCAGCCCCCGCCUGGAACUGAGGUGGACACGUGUGGCCCGUGCCGUGCCUUUGCCUGGAGGCGCUUCGCAUUCUCCACACUUUGGAAUUCCUAAAGAAAUGUGGAGAAAGUCACUGUGAAAUGAAUUUCCACCUGGUCACUCUGCUCACAGCACACAGAAGCCCACUGGUGCGGCCCGGCCCGGCCCUUCAGCUCCAUGUUGUGACUGGGCCCAUGUUUACUUUCUUCAGAUAGUUCAUAGGAUGUUUAAAACACCAAUACGUUGCUUCAAUGAUGUAACCAAACCUCAGAAACCGUCUCCAAUCAGCCAUCCCGUCAUGGGGGAGUGAGCCGUGGGUUUCAGCUGUAGCUUUGGGCCUAUGGCACGUCCAGGCCACUGUAUAGAGGGAGUCAGGGCCUGUCUGGAAGUGCCUAUGCUCUUCCUGCCCCAGCCUGUGCUCCCAGGGGUCGAGGCUACCACGGACUGAGGGCAGUUCCCUCCCACCCGGUGCCCGGGGCUUCUGCUUGCCUCAUGGGUGUUGCAUGCGCAGACUUUGAAAAUGUUAGUUAGAAAGGUUUGGGAUUGAUGGAGUUUGUGUUAAGCAAUUAGUAUAUAAAUAUUUCUUAAUUCCCCACUGUGCGAAACAACAAAAUAUCUAAGAACUAAUCGCUAUUUGAACAAUGUACUCCCUGGUUUGGAUACGUUAAUAACCAUGAACUUUCGUGAAUUAAUCUCCAUGUUUGGUAAAUAUACCUCCGGUUGACUCAGAAUACUAAGUAAGAGUAAGACCUACCAAGAAUCUUUAAGAAUAUGCUCUGCUAAAUGUUUUUAAAGUAUAAGGAGAGAGGGGGCCAGGUGCAGUGCUGAAGCCUGUAAUCCCAGCACUUUGGGAGGCUAAGGAGGAUGGAUCUUGAGGUCAGGAGUUGGAGACCAGCCUGGCCAAUAUGGAGAAGCCCUGUCUACUAAAAAUACAAAAAUUAGCCAGGUGUGGUGGCGCAUGCCUGUAGUCCCAGCUACUCUGGAGGCUGAGGCAGGAGAAUCGCUUGAAUCCAGGAGGCGGAGGUUGCAGUGAGUCAGAUUGUGCCACUGCACUCCAGCCUGGGUGACAGAGACUCCAUCUCAAAAAAAAAAAUAGUAUAAGGAGAGAAAUAACUUUAAUCUUUAUGAGACAAAACAGAGUACAGAUCCCAAGAUGUCUGUAAAAUGAUCCUUUCUGGUCUCAAAGAGAUGUUGGCCAUUAUUUUCUAAUCCAUGUUUAAAAUACAGACAAAAUAGAAUUUGUUCCUUAAAUAGAACACGAACGAGAAAAGUUAACCAAAGAAUUAUUCUUCUCUCACCAAUGAAAACUUUUAAGAAAUAUAUGUGUUUUCUAUAUAUUGGAACUUAAAGAAAACAUUUAUAAAAAUACGUCAUUUUUAGUGAUUGACAAACUUGGGUUCAUUUAAAACAGAUUCCUCUUUUGUUAGUUACAGAAGAAUCGUGUGUUUUUGUUGAAAUGAUCCUACCAGUGAUUAGUGGCUGUUGAGAGCUUUACAGGGCUAUUGUUAAGGGACCGAGAAUCUGGUAUAAAAAACUUCAAAGGAACUGUAAGAUCCCUUGGCCAUAAAUAAAUGACUAAAUUUGGAAUACUAACUAAUAAUUGAGUUUUUACUCAUGUUCUGAAUAUUUAAUAUUUAUUUCUAUUAUUUUCAUGUCAAGAUAUUCUAUUAAAUCUAAUUUAAAAGGAUUGUAUGUAUAAAUUGGCAUUAGAAUACAAAUGUAAAUACUUGUAAUGAAAUUUUGCAAGUUUUUAAUAUUUUAA